UCGUCCGGAAGAUCAACACGUCUUUCGAUUUCUAUGGCAAGCGUCUGCCACUGAACCAAUUAAGAUAUAUGUGAUGCAAAGCCUUAUUUUCGGUGCAAAUUGCGCGCCUUUUAUCGCGCAACAUAUAAAAAAUAAAAAUGCACUUAAAUACGAGGACCAGUAUCCCGAAGCCGUUCAAGUGAUUUUAAACUCUCAUUAUAUGGACGAUUGUUAUUAUUCCACAGAUAGUGAGGAAAAUGCUAUUCAAUUAAUUAAAGAUAUUACGUAUAUACAUAGCAUGGGUGGCUUCGAGAUACGUGGUUGGUCUAGCAACAGCAGGAGUGUUCUGAACGCGUUGCCGGCCACGGCGCUGGCUCAGUCAGCUGUUCAGUUCAAGGACGGGGCCACUAAUAUGACUGAGCGCGCUCUCGGUUUAAUGUGGCAUCCUGCUGACGACACUUUUAGUGUAAAAGUGUCGACUGGGCAGAUCUCGCCUGAGAUUUCAAAUGGAAGCGUUCCGCCUACAAAGGCUAAAAUGCUUAGCAUUAUUAUGUCAAUUUAUGACUUACAUGGUUUUCUCACACCGUUUGUUAUAAAAGCUAAAAUUCUAUUUCAAGACGUACACCGAAGCGGAGUCGACUGGAAGUGCCAGAUCCGGCCUGAAGAACAUGCUCGUUGGCAGGUUUGGCUCGACGAGUUGAAGCAGCUGGAGUCGCUGCGCAUACCGCGCUGGUACCUGCGCGCCGGCACCUGGACGCCGUGCUAUGACUCACCGUCAACGUCUGCGUCAUGCUUGGGGAGAUUGAUGAGCUGACUAAUGCCAGUGAAUGGCAUUACGUGCCAUCCCGUCUGAAUAUAGCCGACAUUGCGACCAAGGUGGACAGUCCUCCGCUGAACUAUAGUCAAGCGUGGUUUCAAGGUCCUGCAUUCCUGCGUCAACCCGAAGACC